AUGAGAGACUAUUCUUCUUUUGCCUGUCUGGCUUUAGCCACUUCCAUGAUCACGAGCAAUGUCGUGGCGAUGCAAGUUCAUACGAGGCCCAAGCCAGUCGGUGGAUCACUACAAAGUGGUAGAACAAGUCUUCCAGCCGUCAAAAUCCCCCAUAAGCGAUUGGGGGAUCGGGCCACAAGUACUGUUGACGUGGGAAGCAACUGGUAUAUCGAAGCCUGGAUAGGCACGCCCGGGCAAAGCUUUUAUUUUCUUGCCGACAGUGGCGCUCCAAAUCUUUCUAUAGAGUCAACUCUGGAGCCAGCCUCCCAGCAAGGGGAUAUUCCUUUAUAUAACCCAACGAACUCUAGCACUGCUCAACUCAUGGAGGGAUACACCUAUUCCGAGUGCUUUGGUAGUGGGUAUUGUGACAACGGAGUUGUGUAUACAGAUAUCUUUACUGUUGGCCAGAUUGCUUAUGAGGGAAUGCCAAUCAUGGUUCAGACUAACAAUACGUCACCGUCAAAUGGCGUGCGAUCUGGGAAUAUGGGACUGAACAUAGAUCUGAAUGGCAUGACUACUGAGCCUCAAAGACUACCAUCAUUCUUUCAGCAUUUGCUACCUGAUCUUGACGACUUCAGGGCAUCAAAUAACAGCGGACAAUUCGACUUUGGGUACGUCGACAGUGGGAAAUAUACCGGAAAUAUUGCCUACGGCAACAUCACUACGACUGGGGGCUUUGGACCGUGGAGAUCCAGGGCAUUGGGGCUGGCUACGAUGACAGUUGUUUUUGAUACUGGAACAGGAGGUGGUAGCAUCAGCCGAGAAAUUGCCGAUCUUUACUGGAGUCAAGUACCGAGUUCACAAUGGAACGAUGGCUGGAACAACUACCUUUAUCCCUGCAAUCAAACGCUACCAGAUUUUGUGAUUCAGUUAGCCGACGGCAAUAAAGUAGGCAUUCCUAGUGACGGGUUGUUUUCCAAGGCCGCGGAUGACGGCAGUGGGCUGUGUGCGACCAUGUUAGCUAUUGCCGAUGGAAAUGAUACUCUUUGGGGUCAGGCAUGGAUUGAGAAAUUUUUUGUUAUAUUCGACUGGGGAAAUCGGAGACUCGGGGUUGCUAACAAGAGUCAAUAA